AUGCUUGUUCUCAAGCAAGGCAGCAGGCAGCAAAGACCUAACUUUGUAGUAGUUAGAUUUCUCACUGCUGCACUUGUUGUACCCACACCACACAUCAUUUAUCAAGCCACCCAUCACAAGCUCAAGUUCGCAAAGAAGCACAUUGAACAUGCUUCACAUAAAGAUUUUACUCAGGAAGACUUGUGCAAGGGCAUGGAGCUACUCCAUCAAGGCUUAUGUCGGCUUUCCAACCAUACCUUCUGCAAGGCUAUUUCAGUCAAACAGGCUGUACAGCAGACCCUCAAGCAUGUGAUCAUAUUCACCACCUGGAAGCUUGAAUUGUUGAACCAAGAGACCAAUUUUCUGAAAUCCUUGCAGGAGGAACAGGAGGAGGACUUCAGGCUAGCAGAGUCAGAGGUGGAACUUUACAGGCAGAUUGUCUGUGCACAAGGGCUCCCUGGCUUGGAGGCUGAGAAAGACUAUCUCCAAGCUGUCUUUGCAGAGACAUUGGAUGACUUUGAUGUUGUCAAUGAGCAGUGCAAACAGUUCAUGACUCAUGCAAAGAGGCAUGUCAUUGGAGUGCCUCUUGCAAAUAGUAGCAACACAAAACAUUCUCCAGAGGAGCUUCUGGAAGAUUUCUGCAGUGAUGCAGGGAUUGCAUCCAUGUUCCCUCAAGAGCUCCAUCUGGAGCCUCACUAUGAGCCUCUCAAGUAUCCUGCAUCACAGCACCAACCUCCGCCUCUCGGGGAGUUCCAACUUAACUCUGGACACCAACCGCCCACGACACAGUCUGGAUCUUCUCAAUUCCAAGCUGAUCCAUACAACCCACCACUGCAGCCUUUCUUCCAACCCAACCCUGAACUCCAGCCACACGAACCUCAGUAUGAAUCAGAUGAAUAUGUUGCUGCCAAGGUCCCUCAAGCAGAGAAUGCAGAGUGGGCAUCAGUAGCAGGUGUCACAUACAUAAUGCCAGCAUUAACCCCAACUCCAGGCAACAUUACAGAAGGGGAGUCCUCCCAGUCCAAGUCGGAGGACUUUGAAGAUGAUUCAUCAACCCCCAUGGAUCUCAGUAAGGCAGAAAUACUGUCGAUCAAAGAAAAGAUGAAGGUUGAACUACAACAUGUCAUGUUGCAGAAGGAGGGAGUCGGUGCAAUGCACAAAAAACAUGCCAAAACUAUGAAGAAGGCGUUGACGGUUGGCAGAAUUGCAGUGAUUGGCCAUGGUGUUAAACAUAGACCAUUCAAAACACAAAGAGUCAAAGAAGAAAUGGUCUCAUGGAUGUCCCACAUCCGCCACCUGUUCAAGGACUAUGCUACACACAAUAUCCAGAAAGAUUUGGGAUUAUGA